CUCCAUGUUUAUUCAUCUUUCUUUCGAUUCCAACCCAAUACCAUAUUCCACCACACAUAAAAGAUAUACACCUCUAUAAACAGACUUCCUCUUCAAAAUGCCUCUUCGACCAAAAUCCUCCAUCGCCGCCCAGUACGAAGAUUACUCCAUCUACAUCAUGCUCAAAAGCCGCGGUGCCCUCCCGGGAUUCCACUGGGGUCUAUUCAUCCCGACCAGCUCUCCAGCCGGGGAAUUAUGGCACGCAACCAACGAGACCGGUGGCUGGGUUGUUACGCCCACUUCGACCAACGAAAUCCCCUUCUCCAUGGCCCUUGUGCUGGCCUAUAAGAUCGGUUCUAUUAGUCCCAGUGGGUUAGGAGCUGUGAAGAAUAUUCUGGAUAACGUUCCGUACAAUAUAUCGCACUCGCCAAAUACAAAUGAGCCAUUCUCGUGCCGUAUUUGGGUGAAGGAUGCUUUGGUUCAGCUCCGUGAGAAUGGGUUCAUGCUUCUGAGGGAUGUUUCGGAGAUCGAAGAGGAGUUGAUUGAUCGAGCUAGUGAUCAUAAGGAGAGCGUGGAAAGAGGUGAGGAGGAUGCUGUGGUGGGGAGCUUUUGAAAUGGAUUGGCAUCAGGUGAGAGAAGGCUUAGAUGUACAGGGGUGAAAAUAGUAUCUCAAGUCAACUGAGCAAAAAGGC